GGAGAAACAGGAGCCGAAACGUUCCUGCUAAUGCAAUACGAAAAAUGGCGUUCAGAGGGAAGGAGAUGAUGAAGAAAGUUCUCAAGAAAGUGGGGGAGCACAAUUUGGCCCCCGGAGUGAAGGAAUCUUUGGAGAAAUGCAUGCCCAAAAGCAAGGUCGUCAUGGGUCGCGCAAAACGCGGUAUCUAUGCCGGAAGACAUAUCCAGUUUGGCAAUCGCGUCAGUGAAGAUGGUGGUAACAAGACAAGGAGAACUUGGAAACCUAACGUCCAAGAGAAACGGCUCUUCAGUUAUAUCCUGGAUCGCCACAUUCGAGUUAAGGUCACCACACAUGCCCUUCGUUGCAUUGACAAGGCAGGUGGGGUUGAUGAGUACUUCCUGAAGACUCCAUAUCAUAAGUUGGACACAGAACUUGGCCUCUUUUGGAAAGCCAAGAUUGAGAAGCUAUACGAGGAACUUGGGAAGAUGGAAGUUGUAUUCUUUUCACCAGAGGAUGAACAGAAGUUUGAACAGGGUUUUAAAGAACUGAAACUGUCUGAAAGGGAAGCUCGAAGGGAAUUCCGAAGGAAGAUGUAUGCCGGAAUGAACAGACACAAGCAGAGUGAGCUAGAAAGUAAGGACGAACAAUCUACUGAUAUGGGAGGCAGUGGAAUCGAGGACAGGAUAUCACGUGAAUCUGAAGAACGGUUGGCCGCAGUUUCGUACGGACUAGCUGCUGACAAUCUCGAAGCCGGGAAUUUAGUUGCUAAUUACUAAUAUUUUUAUUAACUGGUAUCUCUUUGUAAGCUGGUGGAGUUUUUGAACUGGCUUUUUUACCCUCCAUCUGCAUCUCGAUUUCUUCACUUCUUCAAUCUAUUUCACUUAGCGGGACUUCAUGAUGGGCAAUUUGGCGAGUAGGAAUUUGUUAUAAGAUACUUGUAACAUUUGUAGCCCGAGGUGGAUCUGUGAGGGCAAACUUUUAAAUAAUGAAUAUUAGCAGUAUGUAUAUGCACUUUUUAAGGCCA